UCAUUUUUUUUUUUGUAUCUUUCGUGGUCUUCUUUGUCGUCGUUGACAGUUAGAUAGUGUUGCACGUGUUAUUCUGUUUUAGUGUGACACAAUGGCCACGCAACGUGCUCUUCCUCAGAGUAAAGAGGCGUUAUUGAAAUCAUACACGACGAGGUUAAAGGACGACGUGAAGUCCAUGCUAGAAAAUUUCGAAGAGAUAAUUAAACUCGCAAAAGGAGAAAAUGACUCUCAACUAUCUCGAAUGACACAAUGUGAGCAAGAUACAUAUGAAAUGCAUGUCAGAGCAGCUAAUAUUGUGCGUGCUGGCGAGUCAUUAAUGAAACUAGUCUCUGACAUAAAGCAAUAUUUAAUUUUGAAUGAUUUUCCCUCUGUAAACGAGGCUAUAAUACAAAACGGUAAAUUAUUUAGGACUAAGCAAGUAGAAUGUGAUCAAAAACUGGCUUCCUUGAGGGACGACAUGGCUGCAGAUUUAUACGAUCUGGAAGAAGAAUAUUAUACUUCCAUAUAUAAAUAACACUAGUUUAAGUUUAAGCUUAAUUUAAUACUAGUCCUGUAAUAUAUUUGAGACUGUUUUCUCUAAC